AUGGGUCGUGAUCGUUCCAAAAUAUGGUCGGAAUUUAAGCUAAGCAGUUCAAAGUCCAAAAGUUUAAUAAAUGAUGAUGAAAAUGAAGACUUGGUAACUAGUGAUCUUAAUCAAAAUCUAGAAUCAACUUCUACAGCUAGUUCAGUAGCAAGAGUUCCAAAAUCUGUAUUGGACCAGGAUGAUACUGAUGAUAAUAACAAUGUAUCUGGUUUAGCUGGAAUGGUAAAUGAUUCUGGAAGAUCAACUGUACUUUCACAAUGUUCAUCAGCCAUUAUCAAUUCACAAAAACUUGAGCAUUAUUUUGACUCAAUGAAUAAGUCUCAAAAGGAUGACCUUGAUAAACACAUAGCAAAUGCAAUUUAUGUCACUGGUGCUCCAUUAAGUAUGUUGGAACAUCCACUAUGGCAAAAAGUUUUUACAGCUUGUCGUCCAGUAUAUAAAAUACCAACUCGGAGCUCAUUGUCAUCUACCUUAUUAGAAAGUCAAUACAGUGAAAUGAAAAAAAAGGUAUCUGAAAUUGUUUUGUCUGCCCCACAUCUACAUCUACAAUGUGAUGGUUGGACCAAUAUUAGAAAUAAUGGAAUUAUGAAUUUUAUACUGUCAACACCACGUCCAGUUUUUGUUAAAAGUGUCGCAACUGGUCAAAAUCGACAUACAGCAGAAUACAUAACAGAUGAAAUUAACUAAGUGUUAAUUGA